ACAGUUUUCCAUGCAGCAGCUAGCGUACAAGGUGUAAAGGGAUGGUGCUCUAAAAACGCAAAUUUUCAAAUCGAACUAGAAAUUCAUGAAGAUUUUCCUCAGACAACUUGCAAGGCUAAAGCAUGGAGGACAUGGAAGACGACUGUUUUGUUCUAAAUGACGACUACAACCAUAACUACUGUGCGAACAGUGCCAGUGGACAAGUCCUCUAUCUCAGGAACGAACUGUCAGAUGUACCCCAGCCCCUAUCUAUCUCGCCGGGUCUAGCCACGCGAGAUGUAGCUGCGCAGGAGAACCACUCAAAGGUUUGUUCCAGUUCCAGCAGCGGUUUAAAGUUCAUGGAUUCAGACUCCAGCAGCGUGAGCAGUGACACCAGCGAGACUGACAGCCCAUCGGCGGCGUCCAUCGCAGGGAAACUGACCCUGAACUCAGCCUCAAAGUUUCUAAUGAAUGCAAUGACCGAAGAGGACUAUAGAACCACAUACUGGCCGAACCUGGAGAAAGCCAUUGACCACCUGCUAAUACAAAACCCCAUGGACCACAUCUCCAUUUCAUAUGAGCAGAUUUACAGCUGUGUGUACAAGUGUGUUUGUCAACAGCACUCUGAGCUACUGUACAAAGACUUGAUGCUGAAGAUUACUACCCAUCUUCAGCAAGUCUCUUCUGAUCUUCAAAUUAGUCCACCACGGAAUUUAAUUGAGAAUUUCAACAUUGCUCUGACUCGGUACACAGAUGCUCUUCAAUGCAUAGUUCCCGUAUUCAUCUACAUGAAUAAGUUCUACAUUGAAACGAAGCUAAACCGAGACCUGCGAGAAGAUCUCAUGAAGCUUUUUACCGAUCAUGUUGCAGAAAAACAUGUCGACACGUUAAUACCUCUUCUCCUCGAAGCCCAUUCCAUGCCUUUUCAAGUCAGACCUUCAACAAUGGCCAGUGUGGUCAAAGGCUUGUAUACUCUUUGGCCCGAUUGGGCACAUUUAGCCCCAGCUGUCUUCUCUGGAUUCAUUCCUCAAAUCAACCCCCCAACAGUGGAAUCCCAGCUCUCUGACUAUGCUGCUUGUGACCAGAAACUACAAAUGGAGCUAUCUCUGAAUGGUUUUCCCAGAGGUGACCAGUCUCGCAAGAGAGCCAGCGAGGAGUCUGCAUAGAAUAAGGAUGAUGCAUACAUUGCUUGCUAUUGACUUUAAAAAAUGUAACAUGAUUCAUAAUCAGACGUAUUGAAAAAAAUAUGUACUCAAAUAUGAGUAACUGGUUGUUGAUUUUUUUAUGCAGAUGCUCUGACCGUCAGCGACCUGGCUCAACCCAAAUUGACUAAACACUGUGAAUGACGAAGAUUCUCUGCUGAGUGAAGUGGGUGAGCGUCAGCCAAGUUUCAUUUUUGACCCACGCGAGUUGUAGUGGACACUGUUUCUUUGCCUCCUCUGAAAAGCACAGUGAAUUCAUGAUGGUGCAUCAUUGUUCUUUCAGUUUUUGAUGAUAAAUUAAUCUUCUUUAUUGUCAAGAAACUACGAGAUUUAAUGGGUUUGUUCUUAUUUUUCCAUUAAAGUGUGCCUUCUGCUCUGCUUUGUUGGGAUAUUCAAGUUGCCUAACAGAUGCCAUUUUAGGCUCCCGAGUGGCACAGUGGUCUAAAGCACUGCAUCUCAGUGCUAGGGGCGUCACUACAGACCUGGUUUGAUUCAGGCCGCGAUUGGGAGUCCCAUAGGUCCCAUAGGGCGGCGCACAAUUGGCCCAGCGUCGUCCGGGUUAGGGCUUGGCCGGGGUAGGCCGUCAUUGUAAAUAAGAAUAUUUUCUUAACUGACUUGCCAAUUUAAAUAAAUACAAUAAAAAAAAACAGGUGGAUGAGCAUGAAUCCCAGUUUGACCGCAUAUUGUAUACUGUGUCAAUCAUGGGUCGUGUUCAUUAGGGCAUGCGGCAACAAAAUAAAAUGGACAGAUAUAUUCUACAAUGGGAAAACAAAAAGGCUUGUUUCUGAUUGGACAAAUCUGGGUAGUCCCUCCCUUUUCCAUUCCCCCCCCCCUUUUUGUUCCUAAUGAACAUGGCUCUGAUCUCUAACCAGGACCACCCGGAUCUCCUGUUGGUCUUAUUGAUCUGAUUGAGUAACUGACAGUCUGCUGCUAUUCCUCAUUUGUUGUGUAGAACACUUGAUUCCUGUCUCUUGUUUAACUAAUAUUGUGUCCCUUUUGUAUCAGUCAGGUCAGUCUUGAUUCUCCCCAGUGAUUUUUAAGCUAAAGCGGCUUGUCUUUGUAAUCUCGGCACACAUUUAAAAUGUCUAUCAUGGCAACUUUAAACCAAUCCACCUCCCAAGUCUUGUUUAUCUGGGAUUUACAGAAUAAAAUCUGGCCGGCAUAACAUAGUAUUUCUUUCUCAAUGGGUACAAAAAGCAGCAAAGCAUGUUCCGUUACAUUUUGAGUAAAGUUUAGGUUAUAACUGUGAAAAGAUUGUGUAGAUCAUUUUUAAAGGAUUACAUUUCGCUUUUAUUGAGUUGUUGUCUAACCAAAUCAUAUUUGCCAAGCACGCUAAAGAUGAUUCACAAUGUUUUUAUUCCCUGUUAUUAAAAGUUGCAUUGUGACUCCAAAAAUGAUGGCGUCAGUCUCCCCAUGUGGCUGCGUUAGCCUGCACAUCAUAUCAAGUCACUGAGCCAAUUGAUUACAAUCAAAUUUUGAAAAUGUUGUGAAUUUGGUUACAGUGAUGAUGUCAAAUGAUGUACAGUAGGUGGAUGUCGAAUGAUCCCGCUGUUCUUUCAAGUUGCUCAGAUGAUGAUCAAUUUGACCUUCCUUUGUUAAAUGUUUAUGUUGAGUGAAAGUAUUUGAUACAGCUCUUUGCACUGUUUUAAGUGUAAUGUGAUGCUUGAGCUUGGUUGUGAUUGUUUUCCUGUGAGGAUGUUGGAGAUGACUCACUCAUUGUCUUAUGUACAGUUUUACUUUCAAUAAACAAAUCUUGAAAAUGAUG